AUGUCAGAUGGAGUCACUGGCGCGCAGAGGAAGAUGUGCUCGCUGUCAUCUUUUCUCUCUCAGGACGCUCCCAGCGCCGCCCUGCACGAGACCAUCGGUGACGUUGUACACCUGACGACCCUGGCACCACCCUCCCCGCGCCGCGCCCACCCCCUCACGGGUGAUGCCCUACGGAGCCUGCUACAGGAGGCCCUCACCAAGCUGCCGCGCCUCGCCUUUGCUGCCGCCCUGGAUACGUGGCGAUGGGACGCCUUCCAGAGCAAGGUGUCGCCUGAGGACUAUAACGAGUCGUUCUGGCGUCGCCGCGGACACUACCAAGGUGUGGCUGCCCCAGCACCCCGCCCCGCCCUCGCCUUCGACCCCGCCGGGAAGUACCACGUGGCGGAGAACAUUCCCUACGUGAGGUAUCUGGUGGCGGUCGUGGCUCAGUACCAGGUCCAUCGGGGACUGUGUGAGGCUGCCUUGGGUCGUCCGCUGCCCAUACCACCUCGUGAAUGCCCCGUCGCCGCCAUACGCACUGCCGUUCCCCUCCUCAGGAAGGUGAUGGCUGCGGGCGCCUCGAUCACGUGGAGAGAAGCACUAGGGACGCUGACGAGUACUGAGGACUUGGAUGCCACUCCGCUCCUGCAGUACUUUGCGCCGCUCACCCGCUGGCUGGAGCAUCGUGUUCGCCUCGGCAACCUCACCGUUGGAUGGUAAUCGCUCAUCCCAUCUCACUGCUCUCAAUAUACCGUGCAGCACACUAGCCCUCUUGUUACAAGACUCUCUCUUCUCAGCGCCCAGAUUUUGUCACAAUCCCUUAGUCCCGAGUUUUAAGUCUCCAGACCAUGCAGCUUGUAAUAUCACAAACCUCCAGCGUACUGCAGCAUCAGCCCCAAACUUUAAGCUUACAACAUUCUAGACUCUGAUACUCCAGCCUCUUAGUAUUGCAAACCUUUUGUGUAGCUGCUGGCCUCUCAGUCUUCAAUGUAGUUAUAUAUCCGAUAAGACUAUACAUCCUUGUAACUCUGCAAAGCUCUACGGAACUAUUAACUACUUCAACACUGCACAUAGCUGAAAAAAUUCCAUGCACAGCUUUGUACAGCCUCAUACAGUCCUUUACAGCUCACACAACACACUUCAAGCCUGGUAUAUCCCGUCUUUCCUUCACGUGUGCAAUGUACCCAAUGUUAUAUGGACUAAAUCUCGCCGCAGUCUCGCCAGUGGUGGCUCUUACUCUGUCCUUCACUUUACCUCUUCCUUCACUUGCAACUUAUGAUAACUGAUUCCACUACAUUGCCCUCGAUGACAACACUCCACCACCCCCUCCUUCACCUGCACGUUAACUGAACCUUCCAUCAUGUCCCCCUCGAUGACACCACUCUACCUUGCACCACCUCCUUCAUCUGCACACUAAUUGACCCCUCUAGGACGCCCCCCUCGAUGACCCCACUGGACAUUAUCUUCACCUAAACGUCCACAACAAAUCCUCAAAUCCUCGUUCUUUCACACCUGCGACAAGUCUAUCAUACUCAGAAGUCAUCAUCAUAUCAAAGGCGUCCAUGUAUCGCUAAGAACUUCUCCCAUGUCCCUACUGGCGCCUUACUUCACACAGCCACGCUCCUCCCCUCCCAAUGAUGAAGUGAGUGAUGUGGAGGUGGAGUGCAAGACUGUGGGGAAAAGGCAAACCUGGAUUACUGGGAGGUCGAAUGAUCCAACACUGCAAUGAUGAAUACAAUAAUAAUGAUGAUAACGAUGAUAAAAAAAGCUAUACUUCUUCACUUCCUCUUCCUCCUCCUUCUUCUUCUUCUUCUCCUCCUGGAACACUGGGAUAAUGGAACACAGCUAUGGUAAAUAUAAUAAUAAAAAAAAAAUAGCCAUACUUCUUCACCUCCUUUUCCCCCCUCCUCCUUCUCCUGGAACACUGGAAUAAUGGAACACCUAUGAUGAAAACAAUGAUAAAAAAAUAGCCAUACUUCUUCACCUCCUCCUUUUCCACCUCCUUCUUCCCCUUCUCCUCCUCCUGGAACACUGGGAUAAUGGAACACUACUAUGAUAAAUACAAUGAUAAAAAAAUAGCUAUACUUCUUCACCUCCUCCUCCUCCUCAUGGGCCAUAGAGCGGCGGUAUUUCAUCCCUGCGAGGCACCAGGUGGAGGGUGGAGGGUGGAGGGUGCGGCGAACAAAACUGUCAAGUGGGUGGCGCCGUCUGGCCGUCUCGGUUGACAGGGCCGCGGAGGGUCACCCGUGUUAUUACCAGCGGCUGGAGCCCAUAUUUGUCGCAUCGGGUAAUAGGCUUCCUCAAUGCGACCUUCCCUCCCUCCAUCCCUCUCUUCCUCCCCUCCCAGUGGACCCCACCGCGGGAGCCUAACAAGCUUAAACCAAAGGGCCUCCUCCUCUCCUCCUCUUCUUCGUUUCCCCUUCGUCCCCUCCCCGCAACCUACCCCCGUCCGCGCCCCGAGGCAGUGGAGCAUUCAUAACCCGUUUUCUGUUGUAUGCGCGUCGAAGAGAGAGAAAAACGGGGAUCCCAUCACAGCUGUUUGCCAAGGAAGGGAGUUUCCGUAACGUGUCAUCCUUCGUGCAUUUUUGUAGUCGCUCCACCUUGUGACGGAUAUAAUGCAGCUUUCCUGCCGUGACCGUGACGACCUGA